AUGAGCAUAUUCAUCGACCUGGGACUCGUCCUCGGGCAUCACGAUGUCUCGGUGUAUGGGCGACGCCUUGCGCCUGCGAGUGACUGGAGCAAGGGCAUCGCACUAUCUUUCCUAUUCGCAUGCUCGAUGCUGUGGCUUAGCGGCUGGAUCCGGCUCUGGUGCUACCGCACGCUGGGCCGUAUGUUCACAUACGAGGUCACAUUGCGAGACGGGCAUGUCCUCGUCACAUGGGGCCCGUACGCCUACGUACGACACCCGAGCUAUACGGGAGUCGUGUUUGGCGUCCUCGGCACUCUACUGCUGCACUUUGGGCCUGGGUCCUGGUUUUACGACGGCGGAUGGCUGGAAACACGUGGGGGAUUAGCAUAUGCGGGGUUUUGGGUGGGUAUGGAGGCAUAUGUGCUGAUGUGCAUCAUGACGAGGGUUCCGAAGGAAGACGGGCUGCUGAAGAGUCAGUUCAAAGACAAGUGGACGGCGUGGGCAGCGAAGGUGCCGUACAGAGUAGUUCCUGGGCUUUAUUGA